UGCGGUGGUGAACACACUGGAUGGGACAGGACAGCGCUACAUGGGGGACCAGGCGACAACGGCUGGUACCACCACUCCUACACCCCGGAGAGACAAACCCGCUCUCUGGACAAAUCUCUAGGGCUUUACGACGCUCCACUAUUUGGGAAUUGAGUUUAUGAAAUAACCGAGCUGAGCAUGAACACAUCGCGUUUGAGGUAACCACUGGAUCUGAACACUGGGGAGAGAGGCCAUGCUCAGACACUCAGACGCUUUGUAAUCACCGUCGUCGCUGUGUGUGUGUUUUCAGUGUCUCCUCCUCUGAGCAUGGACUGACCAAAUCCCUCUCCGGAUGAUUUGAUGGGGCUGCUCAGAGUCAUGAUGCCGCCCAAGUUGCAGCUGCUGGCGCUGCUGGCGUUCGCAGUGGCCAUGUUCUUCCUGGAGAACCAGAUCCAGAAGCUGGAGGAGUCCCGGGGAAAGCUCGAACGAGCCAUCGCCAGACACGAGGUACGAGAGAUCGAGCAGCGGCACACGCAGGAUGGCCAGCGGGAACGGGACUCAUCGGCCUCAUCGCUGUCCGAGAGCGACGACGACUUGGUCAUCAUCUACAACCGCGUACCCAAGACGGCCAGCACCUCUUUUACCAACAUCGCCUACGACCUGUGCGGGAAGAACCACUACCACGUCCUGCACAUCAAUACCACCAAGAACAACCCGGUCAUGUCCAUACAGGACCAGGUGCGGUUUGUAAAGAAUGUGACUGAGUGGAGAGAAAUGAAGCCGGCUUUCUACCACGGACACGUCUCCUUCCUGGACUUCACCAAGUUUGGGGUGAAGAGGAAGCCCAUCUACAUAAAUGUAAUCCGGGACCCCAUCGAAAGGCUGGUGUCCUAUUAUUACUUUUUGCGUUUUGGGGAUGACUACCGGCCCGGCUUGAGACGCAGGAAACAAGGAGACAAGAAGACAUUUGAUGAAUGUGUAUCAGCCGGCGGCUCAGACUGUGCCCCUGAGAAACUCUGGCUACAGAUUCCCUUUUUCUGUGGUCACUAUUCUGAAUGCUGGAACGUGGGCAGCCAGUGGGCUCUGGAGCAGGCAAAAUACAACCUGGUGAAUGAAUACAUGCUGGUCGGAGUAACAGAAGAGCUGGAGGACUUUGUCAUGAUGCUGGAGGCCGCACUGCCACGCUUCUUCAAAGGGGCCACUGAGUUAUACAAAACAGGGAAGAAAUCCCACCUGAGGAAGACCAGCGAGAAGAAGCCGCCCACAAAGGAGUCGAUCGCCAAGCUACAGCAGUCGGGUUUCUGGAAGAUGGAGAACGAGUUCUAUGAGUUUGCACUGGAGCAGUUCCAGUUUGUCAGGGCACACGCUGUCAGAGAAAAGGACGGGGAGCUGUACCUACUUGCACAAAACUUCUUCUACGAGAAAAUCUACCCCAAAAACUAAACAGACACGUGUUGGUAGAAGAGAGGACACUUGGUAGAGGCUCCGAUGUGCAGUCUGAGAUGAAAAACGAUAGGUAAAGUGUGACUAAUAGACUGCUGGUGACCGCUGGUUUGUACGUGCGACUGAGAACAUAAUGGGGAGCUGCAGAACAAUCCGCCUCUGACGCAGCGAGGAGGAGCUCGUGUCCCCCCCCCCAGGCCUACACUCCCAUUCACCUCCAUUUAAAAAGGCACAUGUUCGGAGACAGCGUGUCCAACAGCUAGUCAGACCUCGACUCCUGAUUGGCCUCACUGUUCUCCGAUCCAGACAUUUUCAUCGGCUCUGUACUGUUUGGUUGUGUUUGGUUGUAUUUUAACUCUUUACUAUGGUUGUCUUUUGUAUGUGGUGAAACAACAUCCUCAUGCCUCACCACUACUACUAACUUAAAGAGAUUUUAAGCGUAAGAAACUCACUACUGUGCUGUAUUAUUGGACUUGAAUGAGAACUUUCAAGGUUUUUAUGAAAUAAAUACCCUGUCACCAUGGACUAUUUAGUGGGGCAAGUGCGUAUGUUUUAUACUUUACUUGAUGUGUUUUGUUAGAUGACUCAUAAAUGUGCAGCUUUGCCCAGAGGCUUUUCCUCUGUAAGGAAGGAAGCAUUUCCACAAGAACACUUACACAGGUGAAGAUGCUGCUGCUGUAAAUAUUAAUGUCCAUUUCAUUCACAGAUUUGCUACAAUAUAAAAUCAACUUGUUUUUACUGUUAACACCCUUUUAAAAUUAUAGUCUGUUCAAUUGAUCAGUUUAUACAUUUCUUUCAACUCUUUUACUUCACUUUUUAGCCUGCAUUUUAUUUUUUGUCAUGUUCUUUUCAUUGUAGAACCAGUUAAACAUGCGUAUCCACUGAUAUGUUACUCUGCUGCUUAAAGGAAUAUUCCAACAAUUUGUGAAAUGCAUGUAUUUGAUUUCUUGCCAAGAGGUAGAUGAGAAGGUUGAAACCACUCUUAAUAUUAGUGCCUUAAAUGAAAAGCUUCAGCUGGUUAGCUUAGCUAUGCAUAAAGACAAGACAGGGGUAAACUACUAACCAGUCAUUUUUAACUCCCUCUCCUAUACACGACAAACUUGUUUUUUCAGUUCAGUUUUUUACAGAUAAAACUAACAAGAUACAACUUGUUAAUAAGUGAUCGUUAGAGGUGCAGGUGGGUGGAUUAUGUUACCUUUGGACAGAGCCAGGCUAGCUGUUUCCCCCUGUUUCUAUGCUAAGCUAAGCUAACAAGCUGCAGCAUUAAAUUUAACAAACUGAUGAGAGAGUAGUAUUGCUCUUCUCAUCUAACUCGUAAGAAAGCAAAUAUAUUAUUUCCCAAAAUGUGAAACUAUUCCUUAAAAUCUCUGCUGUUUUCUUCCACAUAAAAGAUGAAGAAGUGGC